ACGUGUCACGUUUGGCCCCACUUAAUGACCAAACGCUAAACUUGGAAAAAAAAAAGUGCUGCCACGGAGCCUCUCAUAGACCAGGUUUCCUCGGGAGGCUCUUGUCCUCCCCUCCUGUAAGCGCUACGGCGGCGCGUAAAACCAACAGGUUGCCGCUGCCUCCCGGACAGUGGAAGGGGCGCCCCCGUUUGUCCAUCUAUUUAUACCCCCCCUCCCUCUCCUUAAUACGGAGAGCCCUCCACAGCUGCGAGUGUGACUACAUUUGGAGCGACAGUUCGGAGGGAAGGGCCAGUGGGGAGGGACCGCCGGGCUGAGGAAGGGCAGCGGCGCCGCUCGAAAUGCCCACUUCACGCGGCGCGCAGUGCACGAGAAACAUCUCACCCACCGAUGUACAGAUUGGUUUGCAAGCUCAGAUUUGUGGACUCUAUGAGCACAGCUAAGAAAGAAGUCUUUAGGUCUGAUGGAAGCUGAAUUUCACUGGAAAGAAAGAACAACCCAUCUGCUUUCCAUUCCUAAAUCCUUUUAAGGGACAUGGAUGCCGUGGAGAACCCAGUCCUGGAGCCCAGAUCAGAGCGGAUCGCUCGUUAUAAGGCCGAGCGGAGGCGAGAACUGGCCGAACGUUACGGCAAUAUCGAGGAGCUGCCUUCAAAGUGGGUGAGGAGGGACGGGAAGGUGGUGCACGACCCGGCAACCCAAGCCCACAGAGCGACGUUGAACUCAGAUGGCCUGAGUGAAAGAGUUAAUGGCAGGACGCGAGGGAUUACAAAUGGAUUAGAGGCAGACACUCCUGCAGAGUCCAACUACCUGGGAAGCUGCCCCGAUGCUGGGCGAGCCACGUCCUCUCUGGACCUGGCUACGAAGCCGGGCUCUGAGGGGGGCCGGCGACGCACCCGCCGUUACCUCCCCGGCGGGUCGGGAGGCGGUCGCAAGGCCAGCGAACGCUUCAGGACACAGCCGAUCACAGCCAAUGAGAUGGAGGAGAGCAGCGGGCUGUUGGAUGCAGAGGAAGAGGAGAACUGCAAAGCCGAUGUGAAAACAGACGACAGAGCCAAAAUGAGCGUGGCUGCCAAGAUGUCUUUGUUUAAAGAGCUGGAGAAGUCCGCAGCCCCCGAGGCCUCGGCCUUCCUGAAGCCUCGGUCGGGCAGCGUGUGCCAUGAGCGCAGGGUGCGACGUGGCAACGACCAUCGCUUCCUUACUCAGCCCAUCACCUGCGAGGAAAUGGUGGCUCUCAGCGCCCCCAAACCAGAACUUCCAGUGGAGCCCCAGCCUGUGCAGGCGGAGUCAGUGGAAGACGGCGACGAGAGCUGCAGGCUGAGCAUGAGUGAGAAGCUGGCCCUCUUCAACAAACUGUCUCUCCCGGGGAGGCAGGGGGCCGGCCAUCCCGAUGGGCCCCCCGAGAGACGGAGGCAGAAGGGGGCCCGGUACCGCACGCAGCCCAUCACUGUGGAGGAGGUCAGCCUGCUCCAGAAAGGCCCCGUACAGCUUCCCGCCUUCUGUUUGUCCCCUCAUCUGUCCGACAGACAGCAGGCCUCGUCUGUCAACUUAAAACCCAGUGAGGUACGUCUUUCUCAGCCCAGACCGGACACCGAGCCCAGUCCUGGCCAGCAGGGCCUGCAGCGCUACGACUCUGAGCCCGGCUUGAGGGGAAUCCUGAAGAAGAGCCGCUCCGGAAGCUCAGAGUGGAGCAGGACGGAGGGCGGUCAGACGGAUGCACCAAACGGCCACGAACAGAACGGUGGAGGUCGCGGGGAGGCAGCGAUGCAGGGGAGGAUGGAGGGAACAGAGAGGCAAGAAACGGCACCACAGAGAGAGAGGUGUGAGGCCUCAGGUGUAGAGGGAGGCUCAGCGACCGCUGCUCCCUGGAGGCAGAGGGCUCGAAACAGGAGGGAAACCAUCUCGUGUACACCAGUGAGAGCCUCUUCAGACCAGGACGCUCCUCAGGAGGAGACGUCCUUUCAGGCCAAGCUACAGGAGCAGCCGGCCUCGUCUGUGGAACGCAGCUCAGACACCACGAGGAGAGUCCUGCAACAGGAUGAGGAAGGGACUGCGAGGAAGCCCAAUGAAGAAACCACAGCCAAGGGACGUGUUCGGGUUACCCUGGCGGACGGCACCUCUAAACUGCAGGUGUCAACCGGCACCAGCAGUAGUAAGGAAGAGACAGAAAACCUUCACGCUAAAAGUGUCAACCCUCAGUGCUGGGAACCCGUGUUUGCCUCUGUCUAUUCUAGCAGUACGCCCCAAUAUAUCAUGUGUUUCAACCAGACAAAUCAGUCCUUUGAGGCGCAAGAAGUCUCCUCUCCUACCAAGAGCCCGAUUCAGCCUCAGUGGAGGCAGAAGGGUAAGGGUGUAGAGGGGGAACCGGCCCAGAUGGACAGAGCCGAGGAAAUGAACACACAGCGGGAAAGAGAAGAGCAGGAGACCGGACAUGUGGCCAAGAGAGGUCUUGGAUCUCCAGAAUCAGACACGACUGAGCCCUCCACUGAGGCGCCGAUAUGUACAUAUGAAGAGAUCUCCCUGCCGCCUGUGAUGGCGUUUGAAGCUCCACCAAGCUCUCCUCCACCCUCAGCGCCUCCAAAAGAGGUGAAGGAGGAGACUCCUGUGGAUGAAUCCAGCACGCUCGAUGGAGGUUUUAACGGCGAACAGUCGCCUCCCGCCGCCCGCGCCCCCCUGCUCUGCGGAGACGUCGCUGCCAUGGAGAGUGAGCAGGACCUGGGCGUCCUCUGCCAGACCAACGCACCCAUACUGACUUCAGCAGUAGCAGAGCACAGGCGGUCGGUGCGUCCGUCCCGUCGGACUCAGGGCUCCAGAAACCCUUUGAGGGCUCUCGCUGCCAGAGAGGACAUCAGGCAGGACUACAUGGGAGAGACAGUCAACACAGCUGCGGGGGAAAGGGUCCAAGCAGGGAAGAAGUCGAAGAACUCCUCUGCGGCAGACUCGCAUCCUGCCAGAUCAGAAGACCUCAACCUCUCCUCGGAUGCUGCGACUACCAAGUCUUAUCCUCCCUUCAGCAGCCUGAUGCUCAUUCACAUCAAAGGUAGGCGGCGUGUCCAGGUCCGUCUGGUGGAGCCCUCGGUGCGGUCGCUGAACAGUGGAGACUGCUUCCUGCUGGUCACUGCGGAGCACUGCAUCCUGUGGAGCGGAGAGUUUGCCAACGAACAAGAGAGAGCCAAGGCCUCGGAGCUGGCAUCGUUCAUCCAGAGCCAGGGGGACCUCGGCUGUCAGGCCUCCCAGGUCGUCCACCUGGACGAGGGGCUGAACUCUGACAGCAGCGUGGCUGAGGACUUCUGGAACCUUCUGGGAGGAAGGUCACAGUACAAUGGAGCUGGUGCACCAGAGGAGGACGAGCUCUACGAGAGCGGCGUGGUGGAGUCCAACUGUGUGUACAGGCUGGUGGAGAACAGGCUGGUGCCUCAUGAGCAAGCCUGGGCCUCCAUCCCCACCAUCUCCCUGCUCUGCCCCACUGAGGCCCUGGUGUUUGAUUUCGGCAGUGAGGUGUACCUGUGGCAUGGGCAGGAUGUUUCGCUCAGCAGGAGAAACGUUGCUCUGCAGCUGACUCGCCAGGUGUGGGUCGGGGCCUAUGACUACAGCAACUGUCGAGUCAACCCACUGGAUCCCACACAGUGUAACCCCGGCAUACCGCUGAGGGGAGAGGGUCGUCCCGGCUGGGCGCUGUUCGGCGUCCUCCCGGAGCGCGACGAGACGGCCCUGUUCAGGGAGAAGUUUGAGGACUGGACGGGCGUGAGCGGAGGCAGGGAGGAAGCUGCGUCGGUGAACAAGGAGGCACAGUCCGUCCCGGUUCAGCCUUCCCAGUCCGUCUCCCCAACAUCAGACCCCCUGAGCCCCUGUGAUGCUAAGGCUCUGGCGUCGCGCCAGUCGCCGGAGGGAGACGGUUUGGUCCAUAGCGUGCUGGGUGGGGUCGACGUCCAGAGGGGUCACGGUGUCAUCACGCUGGAGGAAGGACGCCGGGUUGAGCUGAAAACGGUUGCAGUUGACACCUGGCACGUCCAGGAGUUCGAUGACAGUGAAAUUCCUGUGGAGAGCACAGGACAGCUUCACGAGGGAGACUCCUACGUCAUCCGCUGGACGUACGGCAUCAUUGACAAGAUAAGCAGUUCGGACGACUGUAGCAGGGGUCCGGGACAGAAAGACAACACCGCCUUCUUCCUGUGGAGGGGCCGUCACUCCAGCGUCAGUGGACGUGGCACUGCUGCCUUCCUGUCCAUUGGGACGAACAACCACGAAGAAUCACAGGUGGUUGUACCUCAGGGGCUGGAACCUCCCUGUUUCCUGCAGCUUUUCCAGGGAGGCCUGACCAUUCAUAAGGGCAGGCGAGAGGAGGCCUCCACUGAUGAAGCAGAGUGGCGUCUUUUCCUUGUGCGAGGGGAGCUCCCAGAGGAGGGAUCUCUGUUAGAGGUGGAUUGCUGCUGUGCAGGUCUGCGCUCCAGGGGCUCUGUUGUGCUGCUGAACAGCCAGCAGGGGGUGCUGUACCUCUGGACUGGUUGUAAAGCCCAGGCGAGCACCAGAGAGGUCAGCAAGAGGGCAGUGGAGCGUCUCACUCAAAUGUGUCCACCAGAGCUGGGUCUCAGCAAAAGCAGUCCCGUGAGGGUGCAGGUAGUAGAAGAAGGUUCAGAGCCUGCAGACUUCUGGACAGCACUAGGACAGAUGGACAGAAGGGCCUAUGACUGCAUGCUGCAAGAUCCAGGAAAGUAUAACUUCACACCUCGUCUCUUCCAUCUGAGUGCCUCCUCUGGGAGCUUCCAGGGCGAAGAGAUACAGAGUCCAAGCCGGCUGCCGGGGCUGGUGGUGGCAAUGCCCUUUGUCCAGGAGAGCCUGUACUCUGUGCCCCAGCCAGCCUUGUUCCUGCUUGACAACCGUCUGGAGGUCUACCUGUGGCAGAGGAGUCAACCUCAGCAGACGGAGAGCUCAGCUUCGGCCUGGAGCCGCUGGCACAGUGAGAGGAGGUGUGCCAUGCAGACGGCGCUGCAGUACUGCAAAGAGAUGAACCCGAGACGCCCGCCUCAGGCUUACCUCAUCUUUGAGGGGUGUGAACCUCUCACCUUCACUAAUGUCUUCCCUCGCUGGGAGAGGAGCCUGGGACCCCACACACAGGGUGACACAGGGAGGUUAAAGCUGACCUUGGUGCAGGACGCCCUGGCCCAGCUCAUGAAGACCCAGUACCCUCUGGAGCAGCUGCUGCGGAGCCCGUUACCGGAAGGAGUGGACCCCCAGCACCUGGAGGUCUACCUGUCUGACCAGGACUUCCAGACUGUUCUGGAAAUGAAGAGAGAUGAAUACGCCUCCCUCCCGAGCUCUAAGCAAAUCGAUCUGAAGAAAAGCAAAGGGUUGCUUUGUUAGACAGCAAGAACAUGUGGAGGCUGACUGAUGCUCCUGUAGCAGGGACUUCCUCCUCCAUCUCCACCGAGAAGGGAAGAUGGCAGGGGGAUAUCACCACCGUGUUGUUGCACAAAGGACUACUCACAAUGUAAUAAAAAGAAGAAAAAAAAUUCACUUUUAUUUAUGUCAAAUUAGUAUGGUGUGUGGACUUUUUAAUCGGACAUGGAUUUCUCUGUAGCUAUUGUCCAGAGCAAAAAAAAAAAAAAACCCCAAAAAAACCAAAACAUUUUC